AUGUCUGACAACGAAAGUACGGCAAGUGAAAAUACUGUUACUAAUGAUUUUGAAAAUUUCUCCUCUCAAAGUGAAAGUUCUUUUUCUGAGGAUUCAGUAAAUAGAGAAGUUGGACCAGGUUUAACAAGAGGGGAUUUGCAGAAAAUGAUUGAUGAUGAAAUUCGACAAGUAAAAAGGAAGACAGACUGGCUGACAAUAAAGAUAGCGGAUGCUGAAAGCGAAAGAUAUGAUUUGAAGAACACAAUUAAUGAUCAGAAUUCGUUGAUCAAAAAGCUUGAGACGGAUAAUGAGGACCUGAAGCAAAGGCUUGAAAAUCAAGAAUUAGUUAUCAAAAAACUAGAAUCUGACGCUGUACAAACGUCUACUGAGCUUGAAACCAACAUUCUGGAACUGGGACAAAAGAUAAAAAGAAUAUUCGAAAGAGUUAUCACUGAAAAUGAUUAUAUCGAUGAUAAUCUAGAAUAUCUGAAUAUGCAUCAAGUUCGAUUUGAGUCUUAUUUCAAAACUCUAUUCAAAACUCAAAAAAAUAUUGAAGAAGAAGUAGAUAACAUGCGACUCCAGGCUAUCGAAGAAAUAAGCCUGAAAGAAAGAUGGGAAACGGAGACGCAUCAAUUGAUCAAUCAGGCACGAAAAUGGCACAAUGAUUGUGGGAAAAUAAUAAUCAGAUACGAGUCCUUCUUUCGGACGCAAAUGGCAGAUAUUUUGGAUGAAAUAUUCAAAGAACUCCAUCAUUUAACCGAAGUUACACUCGCUGAAAAAAGAAUCCAGACAUCACAAACCAAGGCCCUCGGCUUGUGGAAAUACUGUGAGAAGCCAGCUAAUGCUGGAAAUUAUCAAUGCCAGAGUCUUUCUCAAUUCGGUAUUGCUCAGUUAGCUCAAUAUGGAAUAGUCGGUUUUCGAGCCCUUGUCAUCCUCGGCUGCAUCGCUGGAACCUGCGGAUUUGUUUCCGGCGUCGCUUCUUCCGAAUCGGUCAACAUCGCCAGCACCAAAAAAGACAAAAAUCGAGCAGCUGGCGGCGCUGCCGGUUGCUUUUCCGUCGCGGGUUUCUUGAUUCUUGCCGCUACUUCCUGGGCCGCUCAUAGCAUCAUUAGAAGGUACAAAAUGCUUGCUAUGGGCGGUGGCGGAUAUGGUGGAGGAAUGCAAGUCAAUGCUGGAACUCAAUGGACUCUGGGAGCGGCAAUUUACGCUGGAUGGUGCGCAUCUGCCAUUUAUAUCGGUGUCGCUAUCAUUAUGUUUAUGGGUUGCUGCGGCAGCAAGGAUGAUGAAGAGGACGAGUACGACGUCGACUAUGCUCAACGAAACAACUACCAAUCCGGCCACCAUUACGCUCAAUCCUACCACUCAUCUCAAUAUUCCCAGAGAAAAGAAUUUGUAUAA